GAGAGGUGUACGUACGACUGCUCCGCCGCCUUCACCAGCUAGCCACCACCCCGCUGCGCGUGCGACCGAUCGGCCGGCGUCCGGCCAUGGCCGUCCUCGUGUGCGUCACCGGCGCCGGGGGCUUCAUCGGGUCCUGGAUCGUCAAGCUCCUCCUCGCCCGCGGCUACGCCGUCCGGGGCACCUCCCGCAGCGCCGCCGACGACCCCAAGAACGCGCACCUCUGGGCGCUCGGCGGCGCGGCGGAGCGGCUGGCCAUGGUGCGGGUGGACCUGCUCGACCCGCCCGCCCUGCGCGCCGCCUUCAGCGGCUGCGACGGCGUCAUCCACACCGCCGCGCCGAUUGUUGGCGACCCAGACGAAAUCCUCGACGCGGUGGUCACCGGGACGCGGAACGUGGUGGAGGCCGCGGCCGACGCCGGCGUGCGGCGGCUGGUGCUGUCCUCCACCAUCAGCGCCAUGUACAUGGACCCGCGGCGCGACCCCGAGGCGCCCCUCGACGAGUCGUCCUGGAGCGACCUCGACUACUGCAAGAACACCCAGAACUGGUACUCGUACGCCAAGACGGUGGCGGAGAAGGGCGCCUGGGACGCGGCGCGAGCACGGGGGCUGGACAUGGCGGUCGUCGUCCCGGUCAUCGCGCUCGGCGCGCUGCUGCAGCCGGGCCUCAACGUGAGCAGCACGCACAUCACCAAGUACCUCAACGGGGAGGUGGCCACGUACGCCAACGCGUCGCACGCGUACGUCCACGUCGGGGACGCCGCCGAGGCGCACGUCAGGGUGCUCGAGGUGCCCGCCGCCGGCGCGCGGCGGUACGUCUGCGCCGAGAGCUCGCUGCAUCGCGGGGAGCUGUGCCGCGCCCUCGCCGAGCUCUUCCCCGAGUACCCCAUCCCGACGAGGUGCAAGGAUGAGGUGGGUCCACCAAAAAAGGGCUACAAGUUUACGAACCAGCCUCUGAAAGACCUGGGCAUGAAGUUCACGCCGCUGCGUGAAUACCUCUAUGAAGCAGUGAAAUCUCUGCAAGAAAAGGGUUUCAUUCAGAAGGCAACUGACACCAAGGUGGCAGAAAAAAGGAGCCCCCCGCCUUCAGAAAAUCUGCCGGUGCCCAUUUCUGUAGCAAAACUUUGACAAUUCUUCGCAGACCUUGUGUCAAUGAUGUUACAAAUAAAAGCGAAACUUAUGUAAGAUUAGAUUUACUUUGUGAUUGUCUUCUUACACUGAACCAGCAGGUAUCAUGUGCCCGCGCAAAUUGCGGAGCUAUCAAUAAUCCAUGUCUGAACGUAAGAUUAUGUUAUUCUUGUUUUAUGAAGCCAUCAAAU